UUCGAGUAAAAAAUAAUACUGUGAGGUUAGGUUUGGUUAGGUUAGGUCAAGCUAAUUGUUAGUCUUUCGAGUAAAAAAUAAUACUGUGAAGUAUAUUCAAUAUUACUUGUAGUUAAUGCAAGUUAAAAGCCCUUAAAACCUAACCUUGCCAAGGUGGAUUGUAAUAGUAGCCUAAACCACAAAAUCGGUUUUUUAUUUUCGGAUAUCCAAGAAAAUUGGGAAAAACUGACAAUUUUUUUUUUAUUUGCGACAUUUGCACUGUUUGCUCGCAGCAAAACAGCACCACAAUAACAUGUUUUCACUGGGUACAGUUUGUUUGAACAAUUGAACCUACACUGGAUAUAGGCACCAGCCCCGUCGCUACGCCGUAUGCCACAUCUUAUAAACUGUAUUUUAUUGUUACCCGUAAGACGUUUUUGAAAGUUUUCACCAAGCAGGGAAAAAUGAACUCAAAAUAUUAUCUAACGGUUAUGAUGUGCCUAAUAGUUCUUAAUUGUCGCACAGCAAAACCCGACGAAACGGUCGAAGAGAAGCAAAAUAAGCAAGCUGAAAUAAAACAAAUAUGGCAAAACAUUUCAGAAUUGGACCAAUCGAAUUUGACACAACUGUUGGCCAAACAUGAAAAUAACAUCAUCAAAUGGAUGGAGGAAAAUUGUGACAAAGGUGAAGAAUUCCACUUAACAGAGCCCACAUUUAUAGACUUAUUGGUAAGCCUAAACUUGAGUCUUGAAGAGUUACGCGACCUAAAUGAGCGUUUAGGAAAAAAAACCAAACCAGUAACACCAACUGCAUCACCAAAAUCUUUUUGAAAUAAACCUACAUAUUUUUUUCUUUUUUGAAAUUC